GAAACAGCGGAGGAGGCCUCGCAACAAAGAGGCCCAUUUAUCGGGUACAGUCAGGGAGAGGGACACGGAGAGGGAGGGUAGGAGGAGAAACUGGGAGGAGAGUUGAAUUAAUGAAUUAAAAAUGUCGUGAAACAGCGGCUGACUGAAUACUUAUAUAGAGAGGCAUGUAGUGGGGGUCCUGGAGGAGUGGACAGCAUCAGCGUCUUAAACGUCUCCCACUCUGUCCCACAUGCAAGAAGAAGAGGUGCAAACUGUGCUCAUCUGAUUACAUAAUGACCCAGUAACAGUGAGCCAGAACCGGUGCCACCAGUACCAGUGUCCUGAGGGAGACGCUGACCGACCGACCGCCCAGCUCGUCCAGGGGUCCAUGUUUUUCUUCUGAGGGUUUUCCAAACAAACUCAGGGGACGACACACGGCAAAAGAAAACAAUGUGAUGUCAAAGGGAGAGAGUGAGAGAGAGAGAGAGAGUGAGAGAAGUGUCGUUUAAAAAGCCUGAAAUUACUCCCAACAAGUCAGACGUAGAGACAUUUUUUUUUUUCCCUCCACAUGUUUGCUGGACAACGAAAUUAACUAGAUCUUCACGUUUUCCAAGCUGCGGUCGACAGGAAGUGCCAGCCAUGACCUCAGCCACUCCUCCCUCCUCAGAAGACUCCUCCCCACAGAAAGUCUGCCACUCCCAGACGCAGACAGACAUCACCAAGCCCCUACUGGGCCCCACAGGUGUGGCCGGAGGGGCGGGUGCCGGUGGAGGAGGAGCCGGGGCUGGCGGGCCCUGUGCUCUGCGAAGAAGGCGGCGUGUCCUCUCCAAAGAUGGGCGGAGCAACGUGCGUAUUGAGCACAUAAGUGGGCGGGGGGCGCUGUACCUCCGCGACCUAUGGACAACGUUCCUGGACAUGCAAUGGCGCUACAAGUUCUUCCUGUUCUCUGCCACCUUCGCCGGGACCUGGUUCCUGUUCGGAAUUCUCUGGUACCUGGUAGCGAUGGUGCAUGGAGACCUACUGGAGUUUGACCCGCCCUCCAACCACACGCCAUGUGUAAUGGAGGUGAAGACCCUGACGGGGGCCUUCCUCUUCUCCCUGGAGUCUCAGACCACGAUUGGCUACGGUUUCCGGUGUAUCACAGAGGAGUGUCCUGUCGCCAUUGUCCUGCUCAUUGUGCAGCUUGUCAUCACCAUGGUGAUGGAGAUCUUCAUCACCGGCACUUUUCUUGCAAAGGUUGCUCGUCCCAAGAAGAGAGGUGAGACGGUGAAGUUUAGUCAACACGCUGUCGUGUCGAACCACGAAGGUCGUCCCUGCCUCAUGAUCCGAGUAGCGAACAUGCGUAAAAGCCUUUUGUUAGGAUGUCAGGUGACGGGGAAGUUGCUCCAGACGUCUUUAACAAAGGAGGGUGAGACGGUGCGGCUUGAUCAGCGCAACGUGCCUUUUCAGGUGGACACGUCCAGUGACAGCCCCUUCCUCAUCAUCCCACUGACCUUCUACCACAUCAUUGACGACAACAGCCCUCUUCGAGCCUGGGCAUCUAAAGGUGGUGGCUGGACAGAUCCAGAUCUGGCUGACUUUGAGCUCCUGGUGAUCAUGAGUGCCACAAUCGAGCCGACCUCAGCCACCUGCCAGGUUCGAACAUCUUACCUUCCGGACGAGAUCCUCUGGGGCUACGAGUUCCCCCCCGUUGUCUCCCUGUCCGCCGCAGGGAAAUACGUGGCUAACUUUGCCUUCUUUGACAAAGUGGCCAAAACUAAAACUCCACCCCUGUUCAAGCGGGCACCGAGCCCGCCAUCACAGGCGCCGCGCUACCCCAACGGCAAGGAGGACGGGACGGACGCGGAGAAGAUGAGACUGGAAGAGAGCUACAGAGGAGAGGAGAGGGGACGAGAGAGGGGACGCAUCAGAGAUAGCAGCCCACUGAGUGUGCGUAUUAGCAAUGUCUGAGGGAGAAGAGACAGGAAGCGGUCACGGAAAGUUGAUAUGAAACUGAGAUAAAGAGAUAGAACACAAGCUUCUCAAGAGAAGAAGAGUUCGAUUCUCCAUUCCACUUGCAAACACAACACGCUGCCCACCCACAUUCAAAUUGUGGGACACUCAGCAGGAAAUGAAGCAUCUGGGCAACUUUUCACUACACAUUCACACACACACACACACACACACACACACACCUAAGAGAAGAAACUGAAAAUGGCUGCAGCUGAACAUCAGAGGGAGCAAAAUUGACAAAUGUACAGCACAACAUCAUCAACGUAGAAGUUUAUUUUUACUUUUUGUGUUAAGAAAAAAACAAAACAAAAAAACAGAACCAUAUCAGGUCCUUUGUCAUGUGUAGAACGUUUUUUUUAUGACUUUUAUUAUUUUUAUGACUUUUUAUUAUUAAUUAUUUUUCUUUAUUCCCUGAAUAAUGACAGUUAUUAGGGGAGAAAGUUAUGGGGGGAAAACAUAGAAGGGGAACUUAUUACAGACUAUUAAUAAAACACUUGCAAAAGUUCUCAAGAAAAUACUGGAAACUGUAUUAUUUUUAAUGGCAGAUUUUAAAGGGAUAUUAUCGUAUUGUAGUAUUCUAACAACGUUAUGUGUUCCACGUGAAAAUAUUCUUUGAUAUGAACAUUGUUGCUUAUUGGAUACGUAUAUAUUUAGUAAUACUAAAAGCACUUUAACUUAAGAGAAAAGUGGCAUUUCACACUACGUGAGUAACUGAACUAACUUUGAAUCUUAUUGCACUGUAUGAAAUAAUUCUAUUUGUGGUCAUGUUUGGUUUCACGAGUGUCUGUUCAUGCUUGUAAAUGAGGAACUCUGUGAGUGUGACAACAUUGUGCAUAUGAACUGUUUAAAGUACCUCCGUACAGCGUGUGAAGAUAUUUUAUUUCCCACAUCAUUGUCGCAUUUUCCCACUUAUACUAAAAGUGCCAGUGAAUUUUGCUAAUCGACUACUUUAAAAAUGGUAUCAUUUAUUAACAAAAAAAAAGUUAUCUUCUUAUUAUGCAUCGGAAAUGAUGACUUAAAUUACAUCGUGGCACGCUGUGAGGCAGGUCGUAGAAUUUGCCUCUAAUCGUCGUCUUAAUUGAUCUUAUUUUGGAGUGUUUUUGUUUGAAUGACAUAAAGCAAAGUUUUAGUUUUUGAGGGAAUCGAGGAUUUGCGUUCAUUGCUAUAAGAAAUUGAUUAUGAAUAAAGUGCCACGCUUUAAAUUAAAACCCUCUGCUCUUCAUAGAAGCCCAGUGAUCCAAUAUUCAAAAUAACUGAUAUUAUUAUAAUAUUGAGAUAUUUCAGAGAGGUUGUACUUUUUCUUUGUACUGUAUAUGGCUCACUCUGAAUACUGUAAGUUCACUCUCCUGACUGCUAAUGUACUUUUAAGUGCCUUCUUUAAUAAAUUUGAUACAUUUACAAUA